AUGCAUCUGCACGCGUCUCUAUCGCCUCUAGCGCUUCUAUUGUCAAGUGCUCUAGCAGCACCAGCACUCAGGGAUAAUGUCUUUGACUACAUCGUUGUUGGCGGCGGUAACGCAGGUCUCACCAUUGCGUCGCGCCUAUCUGAAAACGCAACGAUCCGAGUAGCCGUCAUCGAAGCAGGGACGUUCUAUGAAUCAGCCACCGGCAAUGAGAGUAUCAUACCCGGUAACGGAGGGCUCUAUGAAGGGAAGGCACCGAAUAUCACGAAUCCGGCGGUGGAGUGGGGGUUCAUGACGACGCCUCAAGCUGGCCUAAAUGGACAAAGAGUGCACUAUCCGCGUGGAAAGACACUGGGCGGCUGCACAGCUCUCAACGCAAUGAACUACGAGCGCCCAAGCGCAGGCUCAAUGGAUCUCUGGGCGGAACUCGUAAGCGACUCCUCCUACACCUGGAACAAUACAUUCCCAUACUUCCAGAAAAGCAUCGACUUCAAGCCGCCGAAUAUGGCAACACGCUUCGCGAAUUCCACGCCUGCCUAUGACUCGGCUUCCCUAGCAAGCGGCGGAGAUCUGUCCCUUACGCAUCCCAACUACGCGCAGCCGUUUAGCUCCUGGCUUGCAAAUGCGAUGACCGAGGCUGGGAUGGAACAUAUACCGGGCUUCCAGAGUGGAAGUCUGAUGGGCUCCGGGUGGUUGGUGCAUACGAUCGACCAAGCGAGGGGGAAACGGGCUUCGUCUGAGACGGCGUUUCUCAGGCCGUUUCUUGACAGGACGAACUUGGUUGUCUUUGAUCAUAGCAUGGCAGAGAAGGUACUUUUCAGGGGAAAGGUGGCUACGGGUGUUCUGGUAAGUGAUACGAGGAGGAAUACUACGUUCUCCUUGAAAGCGAGACGUGAAGUCAUUGUAUCCGCUGGGACAUUCCAGUCCCCUCAGCUCCUCAUGGUAUCUGGCGUUGGUCCUGCCAGUUUGCUGGCGGAGUAUGGGAUUCCCGUCGUAGUGGACCAGCCGGGCGUUGGACAGAAUAUGCAUGAUCAUGUUUUGUUCGGGGUGAGCUAUAAGGUUAAUGUCGAGACGGCUUAUGCCCUGCGAGACCCUAGAGCUGCUACUGAAGCUGCGAGGGUUUACUAUGAAGAUCAAGCAGGCCCAUUAUCAAAUCCCGGUGGUGAUUAUGCUGCAUUUGAACGUCUUCCUCCUGCCUUCCGCAGUGGCCUAUCUCCUGAGACCGAGCAAGCACUUUCCUUCCUACCCACCGACUGGCCCGAACUCCAAUACGGCCUCUUCCCCGCCUACGCCGGAAACUUCUACGAUCCCUACAUCGGUGGCCCAAACGACGGGAACUACGUGACCCUCCUCGCGAUCCUCGUCUCCCCUCAAUCCCGCGGAAACAUCUCGAUCUCGUCAUCUAGUAUACGAGAUCCACCGCUCAUCAACCCGGCCUGGCUUACGCACCCGGCGGACGUUGAGAUGGCUGUUGCGGCGUUCAAGAGGCUACGGAGUAUCUUUGCUACACGCGCACUUGAGGGGGUGCUGAUAGGGGAUGAGUAUUACCCCGGAGAGGAUGUGAGUAGUGAGGAUGAUGAAGGAAUUGUACGGCAUCUAAGGAACGCGGCGUACACGAUGUCCCAUGCGGCGGGGACGUGCAAGAUGGGUGUUGAGGGGGAUGAGAUGGCGGUUGUGGAUUCGGCGGGGAGGGUGUUUGGGACGAAGAAUUGUGAGUCUCGCCCUGUACUCUCUUUAAUUGUUGAUUGUUACAAGGUCAUUCUAUUGGAGAAGAUGUUAACUGGUGCAGUGCGUGUCGUUGAUGCUUCGACGUUUCCGUUUCUGCCGCCUAAUGUCCCCCAAUCAGUUGUCUAUAUGCUUGCCGAAAAGAUCUCGGACGACAUCAAGAGUCCCUGGUAG